AUAAUAGUUUAUCUUCCAAAUAAGUGAAAAUAGAUACGUUGAGUAUAGAUAAGGUUUUGUAUUUAUAAUUAGUAUUAUUUACAUAGUUUCGUAAGCAACGUUGCAAAACGGAAGUAGAAAUAUCCAACAUGGACGACAAGUUACUGCGGCAGCUUGAGUCGGACGAUAUUUUUAGUCAGUUCCUGGAUGCAACUUUUGAUGUGAAAGGAUAUGCCAAUAAAACGAUCCAGGGACAGGCAAUUGCAGAGCAGUUGUCAAAGUUAGCUGAAGGAAUAGCUCUGCUUGAUAGGGAAAUCCAUUCACAGAUUGUGGCCCACCAUGAUGACUUGCUUUCACAGGCAACAGGGGUUGAAACGCUGGAAGGAGUUCUACAGAUGAUGCAGACGAGGAUACAGUCACUACUCGCUGCAAUGGACAGGGUCAGAACAAAGGUAUCAGAACCAUUCAACAAGAUUUCAGCUAGGACAACACAGCUGAGAAAUUUACAGGAAACAUGUGAUUUACUCAGGAGAAUAAUCCGAAUUAUGUACCUCAGCAAGCGUCUUCACAGCCAGCUGCAGGGAGGGGCAAGGGAGAUAACCAAGGCAGCACAAAGUCUCAAUGAAUUGGAUUACAUAUGUGAAGGAGUCGAUUUUGCCGGUAUAGAAAUAAUAGAACAGGACAGGAGAUUUAUCCGAGGAGCUAGGAAGGACGUAGAAACACAGGCCCAGAAGAUGUUAGAUCAGGGACUGGAAACUCAGAAUCCAACACAGGUGGCGACCGCACUUCAAGUGUUCCAUAACCUGCAAUGCCUGCACCACACUGUGGACAAGGUGGUGCAGGGCUGUAAAGAGGGGCUACACAAGAACAUCCGCAGCUGUCUCGACAUGCAGGCCCUCAGCCAACAGCAAUCUUCGGCUAUUGGCUCCAGAGGUGGACCAGGAAAAGCGUCUAUGCCUGUCACAGGGAACACAGCAGCCUUCCGGGCAUUACUGUGGACCAACAUGGAGAAACUCAUGGACAGUAUAUAUGCUUCCUGUGCUCAGAUUCAACACCUCCAGAAAGUGCUGGUGAAGAAGCGAGACCCUGUAACUCAUGUGUCCUUCAUAGAAGAACUGGCAAAGCACCAGGAAGGAAAGGUUAAUAUCAUACAGGACUUCUGGGAGAGUAUCACCAAGAUGUUGACGACAGAAUUUACUGAGGCAUCGGAAGGGUCUAUGUUUCUCAAGCAGGCGUUUGAAGGAGAAUACCCGAAGCUGCUGCGACUGUACAACGACUUGUGGCGCCGCCUACAGCAGUUUAGUCUCAACGCUGCGUCACACGUGUCUGACCAUCUAACGACUGAUGAGGGCGGGGAAGAAGACCUGUUCCUGCAGGCCAACAGGAGGGACAAAUAUGAUCCUGAGGCAGCUCUGAGACUGACUCUGGCUAAGUUUGAGAUGGCCUACUUGUCAAAGUCCCUCUCACGACUCUUUGAUCCCAUCAACCUCAUCUUCAGCAGCAGCAGCAAUAUGAAUCCUCCGACAGCCUCGGAGGUGGAAAGUGUAGUGAAAACUAUUGUAAGUGAACUGAAUGUCGCCAGUGUUGACAACAAGUUAUGUGUGACGGUAUCCAAGAAUGUGGCCAAAACUAUUGAACUUUUCUGCAACAAGAGUGAACAGCUGCUUGCCACUGAUGGUGAGGCUAGCCAGGUGAUCGGACUUCCUACCCACGGACAAAGUCGUAACUGUGCUGUUGUAAACACACUUUACCUGCUACACCAGUCCAUUUCAAAGGUCUUAGCUGGCCUGGCAAGUUAUCCCCAAGAAGCCAUAGAAAGCAUACAGAAAGCUUUGGAGGUGACAGUCGGCCUGAUGAGUGCUGCCGUAAAUCCUCUCUUGUCCUCUAUCUCCGACGCUGUGGAGGCCAUCAUUCUCACCAUGCACCAGGAGGAUUUCUCAGGGGCGAUGCCUGCAGACAGUCAGAAAGAGGCUCAGUGUUCUCUAUACAUGCGAGAGUUACAGGACUUCGUAGCCAGGUGUCAGACGGACUACCUAUCUCAAUACGAAUGCCAGGAUUUUAUCGUAGAAAGCAUCAAGCCAAUAGCAAGUCGAUGCGUGAUGCUCUUUGUUAGACAUGCAAGUCUAGUGCGCCCCUUGGGAGAGGGCGGGAAAAUGAGGCUAGCUGCUGACUUUGCACAGAUGGAAUUGGCAAUCUCCCCUUUCUGUAAAAGGGUGUCCGAUAUUGGCAAAGACUACAGGCUUUUAAGGGCUUUCAGGCCAUUGCUGUUCCAGACCCCUGAACACAUAUCUAGAAGUCCGACGCUAGGCGAAAUCAUCCCAUACAGCACAUGUCUACACUUCUUGUUUGCCAGAGGGGCACCUCCGGAACUGCGAUCUCCACAUGUUGCUGCCGAUUGGUCAAUUAGCCGAUACUCACAGUGGUUAGAUAGCCAUCCUUCUGAGAAAGACAGACUCACACUCAUCAAGGGGAGCUUGGAAGGGUAUGUCCAGCAUGUUAAGUCACGACAAGGGAAGGAGUUCACACCAAUAUACCCGAUGAUGUUAGAACUUUUACAGAAAGGUCUCCAGAGCACAGCGUAGCAGCAAUGUGGCAUGAUAACCUGGUGUGUGUGAUAAUCAUGCGUGUGUGUGGUAAUAGUGUGUGUGUAUGUGUGAUAAUCGGUUAUGUGUGUGGUAAUCUGGUGCAGCCUGUCAUGUAUGAAUGCGAUACGGUGAGCUUCAUAGUAAAUGUUUGCGAAAAAUACAUUAUCAUUAUUGCGGUAUCUCAGAAUAUAACUCCUGAGGGAGCAAACUCGUUUUAUAGAAACGUGGGAUAAAAUCAGUUUUAGUAUGUUGGAUAAAGUACCUGGGAAACCAGAUUUUGUCCAUCUAUUUGAAAAUCUUUUGGAAUCUCUCAUUAAAAUGCGUCAAGCCAUAAUCUUAUUCCGGAAGUUGCUAUGAUGUUUAUCCAAUACAAGUGUGUUGUUAGUCGUGUGUAACGUUUGUCCAAGAACAGAGAACAUUGUCUACCCUAUGGAAGCAGAUCUAGAGUAGAUGCUGAUGAACUUAACAAGCGAGGUGUUCAAUAUUUUGUAUUUCAGACAUCUCUGUAGGAAAAGUUACAUAUCUUAUAGACCAUUUAAAUAGUGGCUGACCUACAUAAGAUAAAAGGUUACUGAACUGUAGACAUUAUUUAUGAGACUGUGAUAUGCUGUAGGUGGGAGCUUAUUUGAAUGUGUUAGAGAAGUGUUUUAAUGUCAACUUGUCCAAUACAUAUUGCCACAACUAGGGACCAAGGGAACCUAUUCAUAAGUUUGAGGAAUAUCCCUCCAGUACUUUUCAAGAAGCGAUAAGGAUUGUUUACAGACAGACGGAAGACAAUAUUUAUGAGAGUCUGUUUUUGAUAUACUAUAUGUGGGAGCUGAUUGGUGUGUGUUAGAGAAGUGUUUAAUGUUAGAGUCUGUCAUAUUGUCCCAGAGAGAUUUAGUGAAUGAAAAUUGUGAAAACAAGUUGAAUGUAUGAAACUACAACAUGGCAGUGUACUUUGAUCUGUGGUGGCAUCUGUUAACAAAAUUACUCAUUUAACUUGCUAUAAAACAUACGUAAUAACAAUAAGUUGUAUUUACAUUCUGGAAUCAUUGUUAGUCCCUACCUAUUCCAUGAGGCCAACUUGAUUUGCACUCUUCUCCUUCUAGAAUAUAACUUCCGGUCACUCGAUUUGUAGCUCUUCUGCUUCUGGAAGAUCUUCUACCUCUUCCGUCUUGAAGCUGAUGGCCGUAACCAUGUUUAAGUGUGCGAGUGAUGAGUUUCACUAGAGAAGGAUUUAUGGCACAUACAUGCACAGGUUUGUGUCACAGUGAUCGAGAAAACUUAAAAACUUAUUUGUUUUGGGUUAUGUUCUUCCGGUUUACUCGAUUUACAUACAGAAUGUGAUCUUCCUGAGAAGGCUUCUCUUCCGAGAAGGUUGCAAAUCGAGUUGGCCUCCGGGGAGCCUCAGGGCUCUAUCUCCUACACUUGUCACUUGAACUUCAUACUUGGUUCAUGGGUUCACCUACAUGAGGCGUUAUACCAUGUACCAAAAGUAAGUCAUUCUGACCUACAUUUUGACCUUUGACCUACAUUAAAGAAAGAGUUUGUCUGGGCCUGAUCUGCUGCUCUUCUUGUCACUUGAAAUUUACAUGGGGUUCACUUGUAUUUAACUUCUGAUAUCGCAUGUUUACUAAAAUUAUUAAUAUUUCUGAAUUCAUUAACAUUAAUACCAGCAACUGCAAUUUGAAUGCGGUAGGUCUGUCAAACUGUGAAUGCAGAAUUAGUUCCAACACAAAUUCAUCUGUUUUCUUAGCAUAUACAUAUGGUGGGGGACUAAUUGAUACUCUUCCCAGAAAAAUAUUGACUAAAUAAAAAGAUGAAUAAGGAACUUAUUCAGGUAUUUUUUUUAGUAUGUGUAUUAAAUACAUAUAUGUAUAUUGUUUGUGAAUUGAUGUAAAAAUGUACAAUUUGUGGGUUUGUGUGCAAAUAACAUUUGUGCAAAAUAAAUUUAAAUAAUGUUUAUCCUAAAACAUGGGAGUGCUGAAAGCUAUUUACAUGUAUACCUGAAAACUGUGAUAAUGGUUUUGAAUUAGUAUUUAUGGUAAACUAUGGCGAUACCUUUUUUAUUAAAAUAAAAUAAAGGUGGAAUCACCUAAAAGGUA